AUGCGGUACAGCUGCCGCAUGAAGUUAGGCCAGGCAGCCAAGCCUGGUGUUCACUGGCAUGUUGAGAGACUGGAGGGUCUGUUCAUACCCUGCCCACAGCGACAGACGCGCCACGAAGCCAAGUGGUUUGUUUUGGACCCGUUGGAUCUUCAGGACGUUGGUUCUGUCGGCGAGGUUCAGGGGGACGUUAGGGUUCUCCAGGCUACCAGGCUAGGCCUUGUGAUCAUCGCCGCCGCACCUCCCUUCUCCCGAGGCCCACCACACGCAGGCUCACGGCCGCUCUGCUCGCGGGCGCGCACACAACGCGCGUGCACCUCUUCAACGCACGCAGAGCUAACUGCCAUUGUUAUGACGUUAAGAUUACUUAAACGAAACACUAACAGGGCAGUGAUCUGCACCGAUUCAAAAACAACGCCACAAAGCCGAAGUAAAAAUCGUGCAGAAAAUCCUGCAAUAGUCACUGAAAUCAAGAGAGCUGUGAAGAUGAUAAGAGAUAAGGAACAGCAGAAGACUGUUGGAGGUCACAGUGGAGAUCAUAGUGGAGGAGGUCACAGUGGAGGUCACAGUGGAGGUCACAGUGGAGAUCAUAGUGGAGAUCAUAGUGGAGGAGGUCACAGUGGAUGUCACAGUGGAGAUCAUAGUGGAGGAGGUCACAUUGGAGGUCACAGUGGAGGUCACAGUGGAGGUCACAGUGGAGGUCACAGUGGAGAUCACAGUGGAGGUCACAGUGGAGGUCACAGUGGAGGUCACAGUGGAGGUCACAGUGGAGGUCACAGUGGAGGUCACAGUGGAGAUCACAGUGGAGGUCACAGUGGAGGUCACAGUGGAGGUCAUAGUGGAGAUCACAGUGGAGGUCACAGUGGAGGUCACAGUGGAGGUCACAGUGGAGGUCACAGUGGAGAUCAUAGUGGAGAUCAUAGUGGAGGGGGUCACAGUGGAGGUCACAGUGGAGGUCACAGUGGAGGUCACAGUGGAGAUCAUAGUGGAGGAGGUCACAGUGGAGGUCACAUUGGAGGUCACAGUGGAGGUCACAGUGGAGAUCAUAGUGGAGGAGGUCACAGUGGAGGUCACAUUGGAGGUCACAGUGGAGGUCACAGUGGAGAUCAUAGUGGAGGAGGUCACAGUGGAGGUCACAGUGGAGAUCAUAGUGGAGGAGGUCACAGUGGAGGUCACAUUGGAGGUCACAGUGGAGGUCACAGUGGAGGUCACAGUGGAGGUCACAGUGGAGGUCACAGUGGAGAUCAUAGUGGAGGAGGUCACAGUGGAGGUCACAUUGGAGGUCACAGUGGAGGUCACAGUGGAGGUCACAGUGGAGGUCACAGUGGAGGUCACAGUGGAGGUCACAGUGGAGGUCACAGUGGAGGUCACAGUGGAGGUCACAUUGGAGGUCACAGUGGAGGUCACAGUGGAGGUCACAGUGGAGGGGGUCACAGUGGAUGUCACAGUGGAGGAGGUCACAGUGGAGGUCACAGUGGAGGGGGUCACAGUGGAUGUCACAGUGGAGGGGGUCACAGUGGAUGUCACAGUGGAGGGGGUCACAGUGGAUGUCACAGUGGAGGGGGUCACAGUGGAGGUCACAGUGGAUGUCACAGUGGAGGGGAUCACAGUGGAGGAGGUCACAGUGGAGGAGGUCACAGUGGAGGAGGUCACAGUGGAGGGGAUCACAGUGGAGGAGGUCACAGUGGAGGUCACAGUGGAGGAGGUCACAGUGGAGGAGGUCACAGUGGAGGAGGUCACCAAAGUGGUAACCCCGGAGUUGAUUCCACACCAGUGUUUACCCAGCCAGGGUGUAAACAAACCAUGGCACCCGGGUUCAAGCUACCAGCACAUCUUCCGUCUGACACAGCGGCAUCGUUUGCACAGGUAGAGGCCUUCUUUAACACUUACACGGUAACCAAAGAGGAAGAGCAAUAUGCACUCACUGUGACGGAAUUGCCUCCAGACACCCUUCAGGAGGUAUGA